UCAGGGGAGGUGGCGGCUCCAGAGAUGGCAGUGAGCGAGAGGAGGGGUCUCGCCCGCCGGAGCCCCGCGGAGUGGGGGCAGCCGCUACUGCUGCUCUUGCUCUUGGGCGGCUGCUCUGGGCGCAUCCACCGGCUGGCGCUGACGGGGGAGAAGCGAGCAGACAUCCCGCUGAACAGCUUCGGCUUCUACGCCAAUGGCUCCCUGGAGGUUGACCUGAGCCUCUUGCGGCUGGGCCUCCAGGAGACAGAAGAGAAGGACCCGCUGGUGGGGUUCAGUCUGACUCGGGUUCGAUCUGGCAACGUUCCAUCCUACUCAACCCGGAACCCCCAUGACUGUCCUCUCCAGAAAAACAGCAGCAACCUGCUAGUUCUCUUCCUCAUCAACACCAAGGAUCUGCGGGUACAGGUGCGGAAGUAUGGGGAGCAGAAGAAGCUGUUCAUCUCUCCUGGGCUCCUCCCCGAAGUGCCCUCCGAACCAGUCACCCCCAAAGUGGACAGCGGGACCACCGCUGCGUUUGACAAGGCCAAGCUAAAACCCACAGUGUCUCAGGGGGACCAGCAGGGCCUCAGUGGGAAGGACAAGGAACUGGUCCUGGGUCUCGGGCAUCUCAACAAUUCCUACAACUUCAGUUUCCACGUGGUCAUCGGCUCUCGGGCCGAGGAAGGCCAGUACAACCUCAACUUCCACAACUGCUACAACUCAAAGCCGGGCCGGGAGCAGCCCUUCGACAUCACGGUCAUGAUCCGGGAGAAGAACCCCGAGGGCUUCCUGUCAGCGGCGGAAAUCCCCCUCUUCAAGCUGUACAUGGUCAUGUCUGCCUUCUUCCUGGCCGCUGGCAUCUUCUGGGUGUCCGUCCUCUGCAAGAACCCGUACAACGUCUUCAAGAUCCACUGGCUUAUGGCAGCCCUAGCUUUCACCAAGAGCGUCUCCCUUCUCUUCCACAGUAUCAACUACUACUUCAUCAACAGCCAGGGUCACCCCAUUGAAGGCCUCGCUGUCAUGCACUACAUCACGCACCUGCUAAAGGGCGCCCUCCUCUUCAUCACCAUUGCCUUGAUCGGCUCCGGCUGGGCCUUCGUCAAGUACGUCCUGUCAGACAAGGAGAAGAAGAUCUUUGGGAUCGUGAUUCCACUGCAGGUCCUGGCCAACGUGGCCUACAUCGUCAUCGAGUCCCGCGAGGAGGGUGCCAGUGACUACAUGCUCUGGAAGGAGAUCCUCUUCCUGGUGGAUCUCAUCUGCUGUGGUGCCAUCCUCUUCCCUGUGGUCUGGUCCAUCCGGCAUCUCCAGGACGCGUCCGGCACAGAUGGAAAGGGCCUCCCCUCCAGACUUCCUGCCCCUCGGAUACUCCCCAAAAUGGCCCUCCUGCAUUCCUUUCCCCUCCCCUCCCCCGUCCGCGAACACCCGGCAGUGGCAGUGAACCUGGCCAAGCUGAAGCUGUUUCGCCAUUACUACAUCAUGGUCAUCUGCUACGUGUACUUCACGCGGGUCAUCGCCAUCCUGCUGCAGGUGGCCGUGCCGUUCCAGUGGCAGUGGCUGUACCAGCUCUUGGUGGAGGGGUCCACCCUGGCCUUCUUUGUGCUCACCGGUUACAAGUUCCAGCCGGCAGGCGACAACCCGUACCUGCAGCUGCCCCAGGAGGACGAGGAGGACAUGCAGAUGGAGCAGAUAAUGACCGAUUCUGGGUUCCGGGAAGGCCUAUCCAAAGUCAACAAGACAGCCGGCGGCCGGGAGCUUCUGUGAUCAGCCCCCAGUGUCUGGACGGGUCCUCCUUCCCCCACCUCCCGCCUCCGCCCUCCGCACACAUUCCUCACCCUCCAGCUCCGCUCCC